AUGAUUGAAAAACGCCCCGUCCGACUUUUCAACCUGAGGCUCAUUUGGAAUGAGUUGAUUAGCGAACACAAAGUGACUAAAUCGCGAGGAUGUUUCUAUAACUGUCUGAGACAGGAGAUUCAGCCGGCGCUCUUCCAAUGCCGGGAUUUAACAAUUGUGGUUAUCAGCCUGCUAUUCUUCUGUACAUCUGGGAAAGUUGAAGAGACGAGAAGAGAUCUUAUACCCAACGCUACGUUUGACUCGGAAGGGCGCAUCACAAGAAUGCAGCUGGGGACCACGACUCUCGAGGCGACCCACGACCAAAUGGGCAAAAUGAAGAACAGAUUCCGAAGAGCAAAAGAGGCGGAGAGGGAGGAAAUAGAGAGGGUGCGGAGACGGGAGGCAAUAGCCAUAAGAACGGCUCCGUACCCUGAUCGAUCGAAACGACGUCGACUAACUUGA